UUGAUCCUCCGGAGGAGCUGGAGAGGAAAGUGCGUGAGCUGGCCGACCUGAUCAGGAGCUCUUCCAACGUGGUGUUUCACACCGGGGCUGGGAUCAGCACAGCCGCAGGGAUCCCCGACUUCAGGGGGCCCAAUGGCGUCUGGACCAUGGAGGAAAAGGGGUUGUCCCCCAAGUUCGACACCACCUUUGAGAAUGCCAAGCCCUCCAAGACACACAUGGCACUGCUGGAGCUGCAGAGAGCUGGCAUCCUGAAGUUCCUGGUCAGCCAGAACGUGGACGGGCUGCAUGUCCGCUCUGGAUUCCCACGGGACAAGCUGUCCGAGCUGCACGGGAACAUGUUUGUGGAGGAAUGUGUGAAAUGCGGCAAGCAGUACGUGCGGGACACCGUGGUGGGGAGCAUGGGCCUCAAGUCGACAGGCAGGCUGUGCAACGUCACUAAAGCGCGUGGUCUCCGUGCCUGCAGGGGCAAGCUCAUAGACACUAUUCUGGACUGGGAGGAUUCGCUACCUGGCCGGGACCUCAGCCUGGCCGAUGAAGCCUGCAGGAAAGCAGACCUGUCGAUCACUCUGGGAACCUCUCUCCAGAUCAAACCCAGUGGCAAUCUCCCCCUGAUCACGAAAAAGAGAGGUGGGAAGCUGGUGAUUGUCAAUCUCCAAGCAACCAAACACGACAGACAAGCCGACCUGCGCAUCCAUGGCUAUGUGGAUGAAGUCAUGAUGAAGCUGAUGAAGCACCUGGGUCUGGAGAUCCCUGAGUGGAGAGGGCCAGUGGUAGUGGAGAGGGCAGAGCUGGUGAAGCCCGAAGAGCCCCUCAAGCCCGACCCUGAUGCUCUUUGUCCAGCCAAAGCUGAGUCCCCUUCCCACCACAACGGCAUCAUGGAGGGGGCCAGCGGGACCUGCCCUGGCCUGGGGCUCGUGCCCAAGUCUCGCUGUGACAGUGUGAAACAGGAAUGUCCCAGCCCUGUAGCAGCCAAGAGGAGGAAAGCAGAGUCACUGCUCACCUGACACAGACUCUCCUGACUUGUCCCAGCCCGUGCCACUUUUCCUACCAGCUUUUUUUUAUACACUUAAAAAUAUUGUCCCUUUUUAUAAGUAUUAAACCACCUUGAAAUGUGUGUGUGGGCAGCUGCUUCUGCUGCCUGCAGGGGGAACCACUGUCCCACGGGUUUAGGGAGCAGGGUGUGCUACUGCUGCAUCGUCCUGCCCAGCUGACUCCCGGGCCCCCCCAGUCCAUCAAAGGGCUGUGGUAGGCCCAGUGUUGGCUGGCGGACUGAGAGUCAGGAAGGAGGGGAGCUAGACUCUUUGCUGUGGGAGGGGCAGCAGAAGACCAAGUCCCCAGGAAAACCAAGGGGGUCAGGGCAGUGGGAUCCAGUCCAGUGAUGGGUCCCAGCAGCUGGAACUGGGGCGGUUUCCCCCAACCCUAUGUUAUCUGAUGUGAAGUGUGACUGUCCAGAGAUGCUAGAGCUGUGUGAUGUACUGGUCUGGAGCCUUCAACACCCCCUGCCCCCCUCAGAUGCUCACAUA